AUGGCCACUGCCAGCGCAGUGGUGCCUGCUGGUGGCUGCGGCGGCAACCUAGGGGGCGAGGCAGCUGCAGCGGCGGCGUGCUGCCGCGGCAGCGCAAGAGCUCCAGAUCCAGAUGACCCUGGAGCUGAGCUGGCGGCUCUGCUGGCAGCCGAUCUGAGCAGCAGCGACGGCGAGGAUGGCGCAGAUCCCGAGGCAGCGGCCCUGAGCCUGGUUGGCGAGGGCCUGACCGCAGUGCCCGCAAACCUGGCAGCUGCCUUCCCGCCACUGCGCCGGCUGUGCCUGCACGGCAACGCCAUUGCCAGCGUGGCCGGGCUCGGCGGGCUCGGCGCGCUGCAGGACCUCAACCUGUCAUCCAACAGCAUCACUGAGCUGGCAGAAGGCGCCCUGGCGGGCCUGGUCCAGCUCACUAGCCUCAACCUGGCCAGCAACAGCCUGGCGACUGUAGGCGUCGGCGCGCUGGCAGGCCUGACCUGCCUGCGCCGCCUCAGCCUCGCCCACAACAGCCUGGCUUCCCUGUCGGGCCUGGCGGCGCUGCAUGGCGGCCCGCUGGAGCGGCUGGAUGUGCGGGACAAUGCGCUGGCCAGCCUGGGGGACUUUUCGGUGCUGGCAGGCCUGCCGCGGCUGGCAGAGCUGCAGGUGGCAGGCGACAUGCCAGGCAACCCGGUGUGCCGCCAACCACAAUAUCGCCUGGCCAUAGCAGCGGCGCUGCCGCGGCUGAAGCUUCUGGAUGGGCAGCCUGUGAGCCCCGGCGAGGCGCUCCAGUACCUGGCAGCCCUGCAGCUGCAGGCAUUCCAGCCCGCGCCAGCGCUGCCGCCACCCCCAGCACCAGGGCAGCUGCAGGGACAGGCACUGGGGGAGCAGGCGCCGCAGCAAGCCCAGCGGCCGGCAGUAGCAGCUGCCGCUGGGCGACUGUGCGACAGCGGGCAGCAGGAGUCAGGCCAACAGACGGCUGCACCGCCGGCUGAGGGGCAGGAGCUGCAAGGCGCUGGGCCCUCCGCCCCUGUGCCGCUGCAGCGCAUUCAACGGAUGAUUGCGGCAUUUGCCGGCAGACCAGCCCCGGACAACUGCUUGCAGCCACACGGUGCACCACCGAGCUCUCAGCAGCAGCAGGCACACCAGGGCGAGGCAGAGAUGAGCAGCGCUGGUGGACCAGAGCACGAGCUUCUGGAGCUGCUUCACAGCUGCCCGCAGCUGGCUGGGGCCAUCCGCAAAGCCUUGCAGCAGGUGGACGCACCAGCCUCGCCGGCCAAAUCGCACCACCACCACCAGCAUGGUCACGCCGCCUGCUCCGGCCAGCCGCAACCAGAGGAGGAUGCACAGCGGCAGCUUGAGCGCUUGCCGGCUGUGCUGCACACAAGCACGGCAGCCCAGACGGAGCCUGAUGUGGAUGCGACCAAGCAGCAGGAGGAGUGCCAGCAGCAGCUGGCGGCCCUUCAAGAUGAGGCGCAGGCGCUGCAGGCUGAGCUGGAAGUGCAAGCGCUGGCGACGCAGCGUGCGCAGCAGCAUGCCGCAGCGUCUGCACAGCAGGCGCAGCAGCAGGCGGCAGAGUUUGCCCGCCUUGCAGAUGUGCAGGUGGCCGAAGCCAGGCAGCAGGCGGCCGGGGCGCUGGAUCAGGCCCGGGGUGAGCUGGGCAGCUUGCAGGCGCGGCACGAAGCGCUGGAGGCGCAGCUCAGCGAGGCUCACAGUAGCGCCGCCCAAGGGCGGCGGCGGCAGCAGGAUUUGGAGUACGAGCUGGCUCGGGCGUGGCAGGAGCUGGAUGGUUCAGAGGCGGCUCGCCAGGCGGAGCAGCAGCGAGCCGUGGCCGAGGCUGAGCGGCUGGCUGCCGAACUGGCGCACGGCAGGGCCGAGGUGGCGGCUGUGCGUGGCGAGCUGGCGGCGGCGCGGCAGGAGGUCGCGCAGCAGCGACAGGUGGCGGAGCGGCUGCAGGCGGAGGGCGCGGCGGCUGGGGCGGAGGGCAGCAGGCGGCAGGAGCAGCUGGAGCAGGAGCUCGCUGCCGCACAGGCCCAGCUGGCGGACCGGCAGCAGCAGGCGCAGGAGGCAGCGAGGCGGGAGCAGGAAGCUGCGCAGCAGCUGCGCCAGCUGUCCUCCACCCUGGCUGCUGUGCACGAGGAGCACGACGCGGCGCUGGCGGCCCUGCGCCAGCAGCACCAGCGCGAGCUGGCGGCCGCGGCGGCAGACUCGCGAGCGGCGGCGGCGGCGGCGCAGGCCGAGCGGGACGAGGUGCAGCGGCGGCUGGCGGCCACGGAAGCCGAGUUCCGCUGCGCCCUGCAGGAGGCGGCCCGGGAGGCUCAGCACAUGCGGCAGGACCUGGAAGCACUGGCUGCCGAGUGCGUCGAGCUGCGGCGGGCGCUGCGCGACACCCAGGCCAGGCGCCAGGACGCCGAGGGCCUGGCGAGCGAGCUCAGCGAGGUGGUGCAGCAGCAGAAGCUGCGCAUGCGAGGCCUGGCGCAGGAGAAGGCAGAGGCGUGUGCCCGGCUGCAGGCGAUGAACCCGCAGGAGCUGGAGCGGCUACGUGGCGAGCUGCUGGCGUUGCGGGAGCGGGCCGGCGAGCUGGCAGCCAUCCGGGACCAGCUGACGCAGGAGCGGCGGCUCACCGAGUCGCUGCAGCAGCGGCUGGCGGGCGCGCAGCAGCAGCUGCUGGAGGCCAGGCAGGAGGCUGCAGCCAGGCAAGAGGCCGCCGCCGGCCCGCGCCGCUGGGCUGCCGGCUGGCUGGCUGAGGCUGAGGCGGCGCUGAAGGCGGGCCGGGAGGAGGCGGGGCGCCGUGCGGCGGCCGCCGAGGGCGCCGCUGCCGAGGCGCGCAGCCGCGCGGAGCAGCUGGCUGAGGAGUCCCAGAACCUGCGGGAUGCUGUCAAGAUCAAGGAAGCGAUGGUGGACUCUGCCAACGAGCGCAUCGCAGACCUGAAGAAGGCGGCGGCAGAGGCGGGUGCUGCCGCUGAAGAGGCGCGCCUCGUGGCGGAGGAGGCAGAGGAGGAGCUGCAGGCGCUGCAGGCCGGAGACGCCGACAAGCAGGAGAGCCUGAGGGCGGAGAUCGAGGCGCAGGAGGGAGUGAUUGAGCAGCUGGAGCGGCGACUGGCCGACGCGGAGCGCGCGGCGGCGCAGGCGGCCAAGCGUGCGGCCGCGGCCGAGUCGGCUGCUGCGGAGAAGGAAGGCAUGAUAGCAUACGUGGGGGAGGAGGUGGAGCGGGUGAAGGCGCUGUUCGGGCAAAAGGAGGCGCGGCUGGCCGCCGACUGCAGCGCCGCGCAGCAGGUGGCAGCCGAGCUGCGUGGCGAGCGAGAUGUGCUGGCCGCCAGCGUGCGCCAGCUGGAGGCGGAGGUCCACGGCCUCCGCCAGCAGCUGCGGGAGGAGCAGCAGCAUGGCCGCGCUGCGGCAGGCGCGGCGGAGCGGCACCAGGGCCAGGCGGCGCGGGCGGCGGCGCGGGUGCUGGAAGUGGAGGAGGAGCUUCGGGAGGUGCUGUCGGCACUGGAGCAGCACAAGGCCGCCUCCGCCGCCAAGUUUGCCCAGCUGCAGAGCGUGCUGCAGGACGGGCAUGCGCCCUUCUUGCACUAA